UCACCCUGUAAGAGAAUUGUUGGUAUCAUUACUAGCAACGUUGCUAACUUCACUGAGAAACAUCAACAAUUUUUUGGUCGAAUAACAAAUAAAUCUGGAGGCGGAAAUAACAAAUAGAGGGAUCGACAAUAUCGAUAGGAUUAUUCAUAACGUUUUAUCAGUCAAGGGUAUGCUUCGGGGAUUGACUGUUUUCAAUCUCACAAACUCUAAAAUGGGAAAAUCUUCUGGUGAAAGUGACAGCUUCGAGGCUAUUUCUAACACUGACCGCAAGCUGUCGUGGUGGCUUGUUUUCUUUACGGUUGUUCUUCUAACAUGUUCCACAAGAUAUUACAAAGUGACCGAGCCUGAUCAUGUUUGCUGGGACGAAACCCACUUCGGAAAAAUGGGCAGUUGGUAUAUAAAUCGGACCUUCUUCUUUGAUGUACACCCGCCACUUGGAAAAAUGCUGAUUGCAUUGUCUGGAUACUUAACAGGAUACGAUGGAAAAUUUGCUUUCGAAAAACCCGGGGAUAAAUAUAAUGAGACUAACUUUCAAGGGAUGCGAUAUUUUUGCACUACACUGGGGGCAUUAAUUAUUCCAAUGGCUUUUGAUAUAGUUCAUGACAUGACCCACUCGCUUGAAGCUGCCAUUGUGGCAGCAUUUUUUCUUAUAUUUGACGUCGGCGUUUUGACAUUAAACCAAUAUAUUCUUCUGGAUCCGAUUCUUCUCUUUUUUAUGGUUUCCUCUGUUUGGGGAAUGGUAAAGGUUUCGAAAUUUACUGUUUCCGGCUUAUCAUUCACCAUAAAAUGGUGGAGUUAUCUUUUUUUUACGGGAACAGCGUUGGCAUGCACAAUAAGUGUUAAAUUUGUGGGACUUUUUGUUGUGUUACUUGUUGGCCUUCAUACAAUUUACGAAAUUUGGUGUAUAUUGGGAGAUUUGGAAAAGCCAAUAAAAGAGACUCUUAACCAAAUUGGAUGUCGUUCAGUGGCCUUAAUAAUUUGGCCCAUAUUUUUGUACCUUACAUUCUUUUACAUACAUUUGAACAUUUUAAACCACAGUGGAAACGGUGAUGGAUUUUACAGUUCGGCAUUUCAAUCUCGUUUAAUUGGAAAUUCGCUAUAUAAUGCAAGUAUGCCUCGAAAUGUGGCUUUUGGUAGCAUGGUGUCCAUUAAAAAUCACAAAACUGGAGGUGGUUAUUUACACUCACAUUUGCAUUUAUAUCCCAAAGGAGUGGGAUCGCAACAACAACAGGUGACAUCAUAUACCCAUAAGGAUGAAAAUAACGUCUGGAUCAUAAAACCCCAUGACAAGGAAUUUACAAAAGAUGUAGUGUUCCUAAAACAUGGAGAUCUAGUGCGUCUAGAACACGUGCAAACUAGACGCAAUCUUCAUUCACACGACGAACCUGCUCCGAUAUCAAAAACACAAAUGCAGGUGACCGGCUACGGAGAGAAUGGUAUUGGCGAUAUAAAUGAUAUUUGGAAAAUUAUAAUUAUUGGAGGCAAACCCAAUGACGUUGUAAAUACAGUUACAACUAAGUUUAUGCUUAUUCAUUACUUACAAGGCUGUGCCUUGUCGUCAUCUGGGAAACAACUGCCAAAAUGGGGAUUUGAGCAGCAAGAAGUAACAUGCAAUUCUAAUGUACGCGACUCUAACGCAAAUUGGAAUAUUGAAGAAAAUAAGCACAACAAUUUACCACCUGAAAGUUUUAGCGUGUAUGCGCCUGGAUUUUUUUCUACAUUCUUGGAAUCACACGCUGUAAUGUUCCAGGGAAACGCUGGUCUUAAACCGAAGGAAGGAGAAUCCACAAGUAGACCGUGGCAGUGGCCAAUAAACUACAAGGGACAAUAUUUUUCAGGAAAUGAAUAUCGCAUUUAUUUGUUGGGCAAUCCUAUAAUCUGGUGGACCAAUCUUUUAUUUUUGGUUUUAUUUGUGUUUAUAUUUUCAAGAAAUGCAAUAAAACGAAGGCGACUAGAGGGCAAACUACAAGUUGCACAGAACAGAAUAAAGCACAAAAACUGUAAUAGGGAUAUUGAAAACAUUCCAUAUAAAUUUUGUGCACCUGAAGAUAAAGUCAGCGAGCAGACACAUAUGUAUGCUGCUAUCUGGUUAUAUAUUGGAUGGGCAAUGCAUUAUUUUCCCUUUUGGAUAAUGGGUCGAGUGUUGUACUUCCAUCAUUAUUUUCCUGCUUUAAUAUUCAAUUCAAUGCUUACAGGUGUAGUAUUUCAUUACGUUGUGAAGGGGUUAAGGCCAACUAUUCGCUGGAGUUUACUUUGCAACGUGCUUCUUAUGACCGCCUACAGUUUUAAAUUGUUUUCUCCACUCUCAUACGGAAUGAAGGGUCCACCAGCAUCAAAUUCCAAUUCUUCUAUGCAUGCACUUAAAUGGCUAUCAUCGUGGGAGUUUUGAGAGUACUUCUUAUAAGAGAUGUUCCCAAAUUAUUUUAUUUUGAAAAAUUUAGAACACCUGAGCGUUAUGUAUUUUCCUGUUUUAAUAUAUUGUAAUUGCUGUAUUCUAAAUUUUUUUUACUUUUGGUCAAUAAUAAAAAUCAUGUUUAAAAAGUCUACACAAAUACAAUUUGUGUA